GCGACACUCGGCAGCUCCAGCUCGCCCGCCGCCCCGCCGGCCACCCCCGCGGGCCGCAGAGGCUCAUGCAGCCGCUAAGCUCUUCCUCCAGGGAGAGGCUCGUGGCAGCAGGCCGAGCUGGAUGGAUGGGCAUGGGGAGAGGCGCAGGACGCUCAGCCCGGGGAUUCUGGCCGACGCUCGCCUUCCUGCUCUGCAGCCUCCCGGCAGCCACCUCCCCAUGCAAGAUCCUCAAGUGCAACUCUGACUUCUGGAGCGCCACGUCGGGCAGCCACGCCCCGGCCACGGAAGACGCCCCGGAGUUCUGUGCCGCCCUGCGCACCUACGCCCUGUGCACGCGGCGCACGGCCCGCACCUGCCGCGGCGACCUGGCCUACCACUCGGCCGUCCAUGGCAUCGAGGACCUCAUGAACCAGCACAGCUGCUCCAAGGAUGGCCCCACCUCCCAGCCACGCCUGCGCACGCCGCCCCCGGGCGACAGCCAGGAGCGCUCGGACAGCCCCGAGACCUGCCACUACGAGAGGAGCUUCCACAAGCACGCGGCCGCCCCCAACUACACGCACUGCGGCCUCUUCGGGGACCCGCACCUCAGGACAUUCACCGACCGCUUCCAGACCUGCAAGGUGCAGGGCGCCUGGCCCCUCAUCGACAACACUUACCUAAACGUGCAGGUCACCAACACGCCCGUGCUGCCGGGUUCCGCGGCCACCGCCACCAGCAAGCUCACCAUCAUCUUCAAGAGCUUCCAGGAGUGCGUGGAGCAGAAGGUGUACCAGGCCGAGAUGGGCGAGCUCCCAGCCGCCUUCGCCGAUGGCUCUAGGAAUGGCGGCGACAAGCACGGGGCCAACAGCCUGCAGAUCACCGAGAAGGUGUCGGGCCAGCACGUGGAGAUCCAGGCCAGGUACAUCGGCACCACCAUCGUGGUGCGCCAGGUGGGCCGCUACCUGACCUUCGCGGUGCGCAUGCCGCAGGAGGUGGUGGACGCGGUGGAGGACCGGGACAGCCAGGGCCUCUACCUGUGUCUGCGUGGCUGCCCCCUCAGCCAGCAGAUCGACUUCCAGGCCGCCGGCCCUGCCCCCGCCACCCCUGAGGCCUUCCCGUACGAGGCGGCCGUGGCCAAGUGCAAGGAGAAGCUGCCCGUGGAGGACCUGUACUACCAGGCCUGCGUGUUUGACCUGCUGACCACAGGCGACGUGAACUUCACGCUGGCCGCCUACUACGCCCUGGAGGACGUCAGGAUGCUGCACUCACACAAGGACAGGCUGCACCUGUUCGGGAGGACUCGGGAGCUGCCCGGCGGGGCCGCCCCGCAGCUGCCCCGGGGCCCCUGGCCUCUCCUGGCCGCCCUGGGUCUGCUCCUCCCCCUGCUGCCUGAGCUCCGUUAGGCAGCGCCUCCUCCAUCGGGGCCGGGACGCUGGGGUGCAGGGCGGAGACGGACGCGCCGCCCGGCCAUCUGCGGGCCAGGGCUGGGAGCCCGUCGCCCCCCAGCCCCCGUCGUGCGUGGGACACUGUUGAGGUAGCUGGCACGGUGGAAUUUGUGACGGUAGAGCCGUGAGAGAGAGAACAGCUCCCUCUGCCCACCCCCUACCACCACCACCACGUGAGCCGGCCACGCGGAGCCCCUGGGGAACCCCCUACCCCAGCAGAGGCGAGACCCUGGGCCAGGUGGCGGCCCCUGCACACCCUGGCAUUGCACUGACACUGGCCCGCCACACGCACACUCAGCCUGGCGCCUGGCCCCGCCCCUGGGGCUGAGGCUCCACCCCCACCCCAGGGGCCUCCCGCCUCCCAGCAGGUGGUGCCCCGCCCCUUCCACACGUCUCACUCCGUCCCUCCCCCUCCGCUGGGCAGGGGACCCAGGGGACAGGGCCAGCUGGCCUGCCCUGACCUCUGCUGCCCCCUCCCCGGCCCCUCCCCAUCCACCAUGUCUGGAAUAUGAGGGUUGGGGGGGGCAGGGUCUUGGAAGACCUGUGGCCCUGAGCGUCCCCAGGCAGCCCCCCCCAAGCCCUGCAGCGCGCACCGAGGGCCGGCCCCACUUCUGCUGCUGUCCCGAGCCCCCGGCCCGCCCCCACCCCCGCAGCGCUGUCCGGGACCUCUCAUACACUGGCUAGGAGGCUGUGCACCCGCAGCCCCCUCCCUCCCAGAGGUCCCCUCCCCCGGCCGGGCUUAGGACGACCCCCACGUUGGAAGUAAGAUGCGAAGCACUUUAUUUUGGUUGUUUGAUCACGCUCUGCUUGGGAGCGGCCCCCCGCGUCCGCGUGUGUGCGGGCUGCGUGGCGUCACCGCGUGUACAUACUGUAAAUUAUUUAUUAACGCUGCAGGCGAGUAAAGUCCGGUGGUUUGGUUACCUUCUUCU